UAUUGCUCUGUUUAAAUAUUAUUUUUCUCUUAAUUAUUAAGAAGAAGAUGAAUCAAGAGAAGAAGUUCGUUUUUCAAUCCGUUUGUGCAUAUCACGGAAAAUGGGUUGAGCAUUUAGUUGAGAAGGGAAAGUUUCUUUGUCAGCUUGCAGAACGUGAUACUGGUGCAGUACGUUAUAUGUACUUGAAAGAAUCAGACAUACGUACAUUGCAAGCUGGAAAGGAGAAAACAACGCGACUAGAAUUUGUUAAUCAAAAGCAGAAAACACAAAGUAUCUUAAAAGAUAAAUUGAAUGUUGGACCAACUCCUCAAAGAAGUGUUGAAAAUGCUGUUCCUAUUGUACAAAAAUUGCAAACUGAAAAAGAGAAUAACAUUCAACUCCAAGAUCUCACUCGUAACGAAAUCGCAUCGUCCACUGAAUCGUCAUCUCAAAACACUUCAACCAGUUCAUGUGCCACUCAAGGGAUCAAUUCUCGAAUAUCUUAUUGGACAUAUCCUCAAACUGCUGUUUCUAAAAUGUGCACACUGCAAAUGGGAAAGGAAAAGGUUGUAAAACUCACACUUUCUACUGGCAAGCCAAAUGUUGAACAACGCAUUUCACAAAAUAUGAAUGCUGAGGAAUCUGAUUCCAAAACUGUUGAAAAAGAUGAAAUGAUAUGGACAGAGGAUAUGAUAAAAUUAUUAAUUUCCUGUUACCGAGAAAUGACUAACGACGGCGAUAAAGAAGGGGUCGUAAAAAAAAGUAUUCGUGGAAGCGGCAAGAAGAUCAAAUGCUGUUAGAAAGUAUCCUGAAGUUAAUUGGACGCAUCGCAGUGCUAAUCGAAGUACAACAAGUUAAUAACAAAUUACAAGGAGCACGUAGAUUCGCAAAACAGAAGUGGGGCAGGAAAAAAUUUUUUUAAAUAUUAUGAUAUAAUAAAUGAGUACAUGCACAAGAAGCCUCAAAUCGUACCAGUCUCAAUAUCUUCAAACUUAAAAGGAUUCCGAGAAAAACAGAAUGCAACCUCAAGCAGUGAAGAUAAAAAAUCAAUUAAAAAAAUGAAAAAGGAAAGAAAAAUAAAAAAAUCUCAGAAGUCAAAAAAAGUACAGAAAUAUCAGAAUUGUGCCAAGUCAUGCGAGAAAGAAACGAUGUUCAAAAACAAAUUGCUGCAAAUAUUGCAAGGUAUGUUAACACUGUGGAGAAAAACUCUACCAAAGAAUAAAACGCAAUCAAGAGACUGUAUGAUAUUUUUAAAAUAUCUCUAAUUAUCAGUAUGUGAUUACGAAUCAUCAGUAUUUUCUUGUUUAAGUCUUACUCAUUUACUUACUUAAUUUUAAGAAAUGAAGGUUGUGUUAAUUCUAAAUGUACUGCCAAAAUGUGUUUUAAAUUUGUUAUGAAUUCUUAAUAAUUUUUAUUGUAAGUCAACAAAAAGGCUUAUUUAAUAUUGAAACAUGAAGAUAUUAUUAAUUCUAAAAAAUUUAAAUUUUGUUAAUUCGAAGUUUAUUGAAGAAGUGUUUUUAAAAAAUGG